ACAAGUUGCUGUAGGAAAAAGACUGGAAUGUCAUAAUAUAGUAAACUCAAAAAGGACUGUAAAAUGGAUGAGGACAUUUAGUUGUGUGAAAUAUGUCCAUAAGCCUCAUUGGUGUUGAGUUCAAUGGGAGGUGUCUUCUCCAAGGGAAUGUCCUCAUAAACAGGAGGUAUCUCAGUCUGGCCUCUCUUCCCCUUCCUAUGACAGUGACCAUGACAAUGAGUCAGUAGAACACCAAGUAGCAGUCCAGCAGU